AUGCAGUACAACCUAAUUGGGAGCAAAAUAAACAACCACUACGUGGUGGACCCCUACGUGAGCCUGCUGUACCUGAAGAGGGCUUAUAAAUUCCUGAGGCUGCUGAAGGACAGCGGAGGGGAGGCAAUCAUUCUGGGCAACAAGCACAGAGAGGUCCAUUUGGAACACUACUUUGGCAACGUCCAGCGCAAGGAGACAUGCAGCUUAAACAUUUUAACAAACGUCACGAAGAGGUAUGAUCUGCUGAUUUGUACCGACCUGCCGUUGUUCUAUCCCUACAUGAGGAACGUCCUCAUCCCGAAAAUGCUGGUUGCGGACGGGGCGACCUUCGUCAAGUACAAGACGUUUCUGCACGCCUUCGACUACUUCAUUCCGCUGACGGGUGAGAAGUUAGACCGGCACCUCCACUACGUGCUGGCGCGCAGGUACCUCUCGGGGGGGGAGCUACGUUGA